AUGUUUCGUCAGAUUGCAGUUGACAAGGAAGAUCAUCUACAGUGCAUACUCUGGUUUGACGAGGAUGACAUCCCAAUAGUAUUUGCACUCGCUACGGUAACUUAUGGAACCACAUCAUAUAACGCUCCAUAUCUCGCUGGAAGAGCACUUUUACAACUCGCUGAAGAUGAAGGAAAUAAAUUUCCAAAGGCUGUUGAACCGCUGACAAACACCCGCUACGUUGAUGACAUCUAUGGAGGCGCAGAUGAACUCGCUGAGGCAAUUGAAGUUGCUCUCGAUACAAAAAAUAUGUGUGCCGCAGGAUGCUUCCCGCUUGCAAAAUGGGCAAGUAAUUCAACAGAAUUAUUGUCUCAAGUCGCUCCAGUGGAAACCCAAGAAGAUACACCACGAGAACUUGGAGAUACUACAGUAAAGGUGAUCGGAUUAACCUGGAAUUCUACUCAAGAUAAAUUCCAAUUCGGUUAUUCGCUACCAGAAGCAUCUCCAACUACUAAACGCACAAUUUUAUCUGAAAUUGCUCGCUUGUUCGACCCGCUUGGGUUUUUGGCACCUAUCAUCGUAAGAGCCAAGAUGUUCAUGCAGAGGCUAUGGCUGCAGAACUUCGAUUGGGAUGUUACGCUAUCACCGUUGCUUCUUCAAGAGUGGAAUUUGUUUCGAGAUGAACUACAUCAGAUCUCGAAGAUUCAGAUACCUCGCUGGAAUCAUGUAAGAACUGGUGUAUCGAUUGAAUUACAUGGAUUCUCUGACGCUUCUCAACUCGCUAUGGCUGCUGUCGUCUACUUAAAGGUUACUGACGCUACGGGAAGCUCCAAUAUUUCGCUAGUGUGUGCCAAAACACAAGUUGCACCACUGAAACCAAUUUCAAUACCAAGAAUGGAGCUCAACGCCGCUGUCUUACUCGCUCAACUGGUACUCUACAUCAAGAAUGUCUUGAAGCUUGAAAAUGUACCAAUCUUUAUGUGGACAGACUCCGCUGUAUCCUUAACGUGGAUACAAAACAACCCCGCUAGAUGGAAAGUCUACAUUCGCAACAGAGUUACCAAGAUUCAGGAAUCGCUACCAAGUGUCAACUGGGAUUUUGUUCCUGGGAAACUCAACCCAGCUGACUGCGCUUCAAGAGGUUUAACAGCAGCUAAACUGGAACAGCAUUCGCUAUGGUGGACGGGACCUAAGUGGCUCAGUCAAUCAAAAGAAAACUGGCCAUCCUUUGACAUCCCUACUCAGACGGUAUCACAUCUUGAAGAACGUCCAGGUCUGGUUUUUACCAUCUUCAAGGCAGAUUCACACCCGCUACAUACGCUAUUGGACAAAUUCUCUAAGUUGUCACCACUACUUCGCACGCUUGGAAUCUGUCUACGUGCCAUCGCUAAAUUUAAAAAAGUGCCACAGUCCACACUGGCCACACCACUAUCUACAGUCGACCUGGAACUCGCUAAAACUUUGCUGAUCAAGUAUACGCAAAGUCAGUACUAUUCGCAAGAGCUGAAACUGCUGAAAGAUGGUGAUUCUCUACAUUGA